AUGAUUAGACAAUUAACAAACAAGAUCGUAUUAAUUACAGGAGCAUCAUCAGGUAUUGGUGAAUCAGUAGCACGUAUCUUUCAUCAAAAUGGUAACCAUGUGAUUAUAUUGGGUAGAAGAUUAGAGAAAUUGAUGGAAAUCAAGAGUGAUUUGGAAUCAAAGAAUACAUCGUCCAAGGUUGUAGCUCUUGAAUGUGAUGUAUCAUCACAAAGCUCUAUUGAAAAGAUGGUUAGCAGUUUACCAGAGGAUAUGAAAAACAUUGAUAUCCUAGUCAACAAUGCUGGUCUUGCUCUUGGUGUUGACCAAGUAUCCAACUUUUCAAUUGAUGAUAUGAACAAGGUCAUUGACACUAAUGUCAAGGGUUUGUUUAGUGUCACUCGUACUCUAUUGCCAGGUAUGAUCAGUAGAAACGAAGGACACAUCUUUAACGUCUCUAGUAUUGCUGGUAGUAUGCCAUACCCAAAUGGUAGCAUCUACUGUGCCUCCAAGGCUGCUGUCAAUGCAUUCAACGAAGUCCUCAGAAUGGAAGUCGUCAGCACCAAGAUUAGAGUUACCAAUGUCUCCCCGGGUCUCGUUGAAACCAACUUUAGUGUAGUUCGUUUUAAUGGUGACAAUGACAAGGCAAAGAAGCCAUACGUUGGUAUUGAUCCACUCGUUGCCGAUGAUAUUGCUGAUAAUAUCUUUUAUUGUGCUUCAAGGCCACAACAUGUUCAAAUUACCAAUAUUGAAAUUAUGGCAAAUAAUCAAGCUUCUACAACUGUUAUUUCAAGAAACUAA